CAGAGACCCCCAGGGACCCCCAAAGACCCCCAGGGACCCCCCCCGGCCAUGGGGACCCUGCGGUGGCUGGAGGGGGAGGGGCUGGACACGCUGGACCUGCUGGUGCCGGACUGGGAACGGCCAGCUCCGUGCCCUGCUGCGCCCUCACCCCGCGGGUCUCUCCCUGUUCGAGCUGCGCGCCGCCUACAGCGCCGCCUACCGCCGCCCUCUGCCCAUGGGCGGCGCCGCCUCCGCGCGGCUGCGCCUGCGCCAACUGCCGGGGGCGGCGCUGCGCAUGCGCGGCUGCGGCGUGCAGACCCGGGUGCUGCCGCCUAGCGGCGCGGAGGACCGAGGCUGGGAGGGGGAGGGGACCCCGCGGGCGGCAUCGCCGAAUCGCGACAGGACCCCCCCGGCGACACCCAAAAUGGGUCGCGACAGGGAGGGGGGCGUCCCCCGGGGGUCCCCGAGGUGUGGUGGAGAGGUGGUGGCUUGUUCUGUCGCCCCCCGUGUCGCGAUAGGCGGGGUGUCGCCAGGCGCUGUCGCGAUAGGCGGAGUGUCGCUGAGGGAUGUCGCGAUAGGCGGAGUGUCCCCAGAUGCGGCCACGACACCCUCAGUGUCCCCCGAGUCUGGCAACCCCCGUGUGGGGACCCUCGCGGUGUCCCCAAGUCGUGUCGCGACAUCCAGAAUGUCGCCAAAUCGUAUCGCGACAUCCAGAGUGUCCCCAAAUCCUAUCGUGACAUCCAGAGUGUCCCCAAAUCCUAUUGCGACCCCUAAAAUGUCCCCAAAUCCUGUCGCGACCCCUAAAAUGUCCCCAAAUCCUGUCGUGACACCCAGAGUGUCCCCAAAUCCUGUCGCGACAUCCAGAGUGUCCCCAACUCCUGUCGUGACAUCCAGAAUGUCCCCAAAUCCUGUCGUGACAUCCAGAAUGUCCCCAAAUCCUGUCGCGACAUCCCGAAUGUCCCCAAAUCUUAUCGUGACCCCCAGAGUGUCCCCAAAUCCUGUCGUGACAUCCAGAAUGUCCCCAAAUCCUGUCGUGACACUCAGAACGUCCCCAGAUCCUGUCGCGACCCCCCGUGUCGGGACCCUCGGGGUGUCCCCAAGUCCUGUCGCGACAUGCAGAACAUCCCCAAAUCCUGUCGUGACCCCUAAAAUGUCCCCAAAUCCUGUCGCGACAUCCAGAACGUCCCCAAAUCCUAUCGCGACCCCCAGAGUGUCCCCAGCUCCUGUCGUGACACCCAGAGUGUCCCCAAAUCCUAUCGCGACAUCCCCGCCCCCGCCCCGCCCCGAGCGCUGCACGCUGCUCUAAGGGCGCGGCCCCGAAUUUCCCGGAUUUUCACCCAAAAAUGGGCAAAAAAGGCGAAUUUUUGUACCAAAAACGGGCAAAAAUGUCGGAUUUGUAUCCCAAAAAAUGAGGAAUAAAUGGUCAAUUUUUGUAGCAAAAAUGAGCAAUAAAUGUUCAAUUUUUGUAUCAAAAA